AUGGCGGAAGCACGAGUUGAGAUCUCAGAUCCAGAAACAGAGUUCUUCGCUUCAAACCAAGAAACCGGACACGAGUGGGAGCUUUACAAGGAGAACGUCAGACCUCUCAAGAGAGGACGCAAUGUUAAUCUCCUCAACCAAGCUCUCAAAUCUCACACAGAUCACCACUUAAGAAAGACUCUCAUCGAGAAACGAAGGAAGCUGAUUGAAGAUAUUGAAGAGUAUGAUGGUGAUGACCCUCUCUUUCCAUGGAUCCAGUGUAUAAAAUGGGUACAAGAGGCGUUUCCACCAGGUGGAGAGUGUUCGGGACUGUUAGUGAUAUACGAGCAAUGCGUUCGUAAGUUCUGGCACUCGGAGCGUUACAAGGAUGAUCUUCGUUAUCUCAAAGUUUGGUUGGAAUAUGCGGAGCAUUGUGCUGAUGCGGAAGUGAUUUAUAAGUUUCUGGAAGUUAAUGAGAUUGGAAAGACACAUGCUUUGUAUUACAUAGCUUAUGCUUUGCAUAUGGAGUUUAAGUCUAAGGUUAAAACGGCUAAUGAGAUCUUUAAUCUCGGAAUCUCUAGAAAUGCUAAGCCUAUUGAAAAGUUGAAUGAUGCUUACAAGAAGUUCAUGGUGAGAACUAUGAGAAGAUCCAAAACAGCUGAUGAAGAGCCUAAGGAGAAUGAUAUGCCGUCAAGAAGCUUUGGCACUGUGUUCUCAACGAAAGCACCUUUAUCUAUCUACGCAGACACUAAUCAGCAAGAGUCAGAAAAGCCAAAACCAGAGUAUGGUUCUUGGCUUAUGCUUGGAGGCAGAGCAGAGAGGAACAAAGAAAACAAUUCUUUACCUGGAAAAUGGAAAACAUUUAAGGUUCCUCAGAAACCCAUUGUGAGAACUCCUGCUUCCUCCUUUGAGGUUUUUGUGGACGAAGAAGAAGAAUGUACAGAAGAGGGAGGAGAGAAGAAGAAGAAGAAGACUGAAACCAACUCAUCAUCAUCAUCAAACGCUCUGCCGCUUAAUGAUGGCCGUGAGAUUAAGAAAGAAACAGAGCUGCUGCGUCAGGACCCUUUGAGACAUUUCCCACCCAACAGCUUCCUUAGAUGA